UUAAAAUCGUGAUGGCAUCGAUUGUUACAAUUUUAUCUAUUACAAUUGUUCUAUUAUUAAUUAUAAAAUAUUUCUGGGCAAAUCGAGUUCAUUGGAAUUAUCAUAUUUAUCAAUGUGUUAAACAUAUACCAGGGCCAUAUAAUAUUCCGUUUUUAGGAUGUUGUUUACCGUUUCUCGGAAGUUUGGAGCAUAUAUGGAAAAAAUUGCGUGAAAUGAAUGAACUAUAUCCAGAAAUUUACAAAAUGUGGGGUUUUAACCGAUGUGCAGUUUUAUUUCUGGAACCCGAUGACAUUGAGAUGGUACUUUCUAGUACAAAACAUUUAGAAAAAAAUGAAGUUUAUAACAUUGCUCGUCCAUGGCUUGGAGAUGGUUUACUACUCAGUUGUGGUAAUAAAUGGAAAUCACGUAGAAAAAUUUUAACACCAGCAUUUCAUUUUAACAUAUUGAAAGAUUUUGUAAAUAUUUUUGAAGAAAAUAGUGAAAAAUCUGCAAAUUUUAUUAAAAAUAAUUGCAAUAAGGAUUUGAAUUCACUUGAUCUUGCUGUUGAGCAUACUUUGUGUUCGUUAUGUGAGACUACAAUGGGAAUAUCUGUUAAUAUAGAAGAUCCGUAUAUUAAACAAUAUAAGGAAGCUUUAGAUAAAUUUGGCUUUUUCGCAUUUUAUCGUCUUUCAAGGCCAUGGUUUUAUUCAGAAUUGACAUUUCAUUUUACAUCAGAAAAGCGUGAACAAGAUUCGUUAAUAACAGCAAUGCAUAAAUUUACUUUGAACGUAAUUAAUAAACGCUUAUCAAAUUGGAGUGAUAAAGGUAGCCAACCUUUCCAUUCAGCAUCUGGCAAACGAAUACAACCCAUGUUGGAUAUAUUAAUUGAUGAAAUGAAACGAGGUGGUGACAUUGAUUUUGAGGGAAUUCGAGAAGAAGUUGAUACAUUUAUGUUUGAGGGACAUGAUACCACUUCGACAGGUUUGAAUUUCUUGCUAAUGUUGUUGGCAAAUCAUCAAGAUGUACAGAAUCGAAUAUAUGAAGAACAAUUAACGAUAUUUAACGACUCCAAGCGUAAAGCCACUUAUGAUGAUUUACAAAAUAUGGAAUAUUUGGAGCGAUGUAUAAAAGAAUCAUUACGAUUAUAUCCACCAGUUCCAAUGAUUGGACGACUUAUAGAGGAAGAUAUUGUAUUAAAAAAAAACUAUGUUAUCCCAGCCGGUAUAUAUGUAGGAAUAAUGCUUUAUGAUUUGCAUCGAAAUCCAAAAUUUUGGAAAAAUCCAAAUAAAUUUGAUCCAGAUCGAUUUUCACCCGAUAAUUGUGUAAAUCGUCAUCCAUUUGCAUAUAUUCCAUUUAGUGCUGGUCCCAGAAAUUGUAUAGGUCAACGUUUUGCAAUGUUAGAAAUGAAAUCAUUUACUUCGAAAUUGAUUAGAGAAUUUAUUUUGGAACCUGUUGAUACUCCGGACUCAAUUAUAUUGCGAGCUGAUAUGGUUUUACGUACAAGUAAACCGAUUGAAGUUAGAUUUCGUAAAAGGUUCUGAAUGUUCAAAAGAAAUAAAAUGCUUAAAAUCAA